CAAAGACUAAUAUCAUAAAACCUCAUAUAAAAAACUUCCACAUUUUUUUCUUCAUCAAACUAUAUUCCAUUUCACAUUAGAUCAAAAAAAAAAAAAAAAAUCCCAUUUCAUAUGGAUGAAAUUGAAGUUCCACAAUAUUUCAUAUGUCCAAUCUCUCUUCAAAUAAUGAAAGAUCCUGUUACUGCUAUAACAGGUAUAACAUAUGAUAGAGAAAGCAUUGAACAUUGGUUAUUCAGAAACAAGAACACAACAUGUCCUGUUACAAAACAACCUCUUCCAUUAGAUUCUGAUUUAACACCAAAUCAUACACUUCGUCGUUUGAUUCAAUCUUGGUGUACACAAAAUGCUUCAUUUGGUAUUGAUAGAAUUCCAACACCAAAACCACCACUUAACAAAACCCAUGUUCAAAAACUUCUUAAAGAGAUGACAGAUUCAAGAUUUCAGCUCAAGAGUUUAAUGCAGUUGGAAUUACUUGCUGCUGAGAAUGAAAGAAAUAGAAAGUGUUUGUUGGAAAACGGUGUGCCGAAAUCGAUGAUUAUGUUCUUAGUUGAUUGUUAUAAAAAAGGUGAAAUUCUUGAAGGUAUUGAAGAAGCUCUUAGUUUUUUACAAUUUGUUAAGGUUCCAACUGAGGAAGUUAAGAAUCUUUUAUCUGAAAAUGAUCAAAUAUUAGAUUCUUUAACAUGGAUUUUAUCUUCAGAAGUAAAAAACUCUGUUGCAGUGAAAUCUCAUGCAGUUAUAGUUCUUAAAAGAUUCAUAAACAAAUGUGAUUCCAUUCUUUUAGAGAGACUAAAACCCGAGUUUUUCGAAAAGAUUGUGAAUGUUUUAAAACAUGGAGUAUUAACACAACAAGGUUUGUGUUCUGCUUUACAUGUUUUACUAUGUUGUUGUCCUUUGGGAAGAAACAGGUUAAUGAUGGUUGAAGUCGGCGUUGUUCACGAAUUAAUAGAGAUCGAAUUAACCGCGGCACACGAAAAGAGAAUCACAGAACUAACAUUUGGGAUUUUGUUUCAUUUGUGUUCUUGUGCUAAUGGUAGAUUUCAGUUUUUGAGUCAUGAAGGUUCAAUUGCAGUGUUAACUGAAAGAAUCAUGAAGGGUUCAAUGACAGUGGAUGAUAGAGGUGUUUUUAUACUUUCAUUGAUAUCUAAAUUUUCAGCUACAAAGAAUGUUUUGGAUGAGAUGUUAAAAGUUGGAACUGUUAAAAAGCUUUUUGUUUUGUUACAAGGUGAUCAUGCUAAGUAUUUGAAAGAUAAAGUUAUGCAAAUGUUUAAGGCUCAUUCUGAGGUUUGGAAGAAUUCUCCUUGCUUUCCUCAAACUUCUUUCUAUGCUAGCUAGAUUUCGGAUCCGGUUUCCUAGCGGUAAUUAUUUGCCGCAGUGUUUCGCAGUAGCUAAUCUGAGCCGUUGAUCAUCAAUAGAACAGUUAAAAUUACAUAUCAUCAAAAUCAAGAAAAAAUCAGUCUGUCCAUUAAUUCCAGAUCGGACGAUCCAGGUGAGUAACUGCAAGUUACUUCACCAAAUCCAUUUCCCUAGAAUUCAUAGCAUAGGUGAAAUUAAUGGGAUUUAUUAUGCAAUAACAUGUAUCUUCAUUACUUUAAUUAACUUUUAAGAUCUUUGAAGAAGUACUAUUGAAAGUAGUUUUUGUAUUGUAUUUGUGUUACAAGUCACUCAAGUGUGAUAUAUCUCUGGAAAAAAAAGUAUAUUUUAAGAUAACAAAACAAUCUUUCAUUGUUUGAUUUCCUUUA